AUGCGUAGAUUGGCAUUCUUGAGAUCAGGAGAUAAGUCUUGGAAGUUCAUUAAACUGAAAGGAGAGUAUAUGAAACGAGACUAUGAUGUGCCCAAAAGCAGCAGUGUUUUUGUCCAAGCUACUUACCUCGUUGAAUCACAGGAGGGCAAUCUACUGCUCGUUCAAAGGUUUUGGAAAUCUAUUGACGAGGAUGAUUUCUCGAAUCCAAUUGGGAAAUCACAGGCGACAUGGGUUCAAAUCAAGAGCAUUGGCAACCAGGCCUUGUUUUUGGGGGGCAAUCAUUCUGUGUGUGUUUCGUCCUUGGAAUUCCCAGGAUGUCAAUCCAACUGCAUAUACUACACCGAUCAAACUCAUGUCUACUUUGCACGGUAUGUUUGUCAUGGGCCUGCAGGUGAUGACUGGGGUGUCUUCAACUUGGAAGAUGGUAGCUUUCGGUCACUUCACAUACCGAAUCUUUAUAAAAAGCUCGUGUUGCCCCCAAUUUGGGUCGUGCCAAAUCUAAAAGGAACUUAA